GUUCAGCCCGCCCCUCACACCGAGAAGGGGUCCAGGCAUUUAUCAGCAUCAUCAAGUUCCAAUCAUCCAUCACCAACCCAUCUCCGCACACGACACACCCUAUCGAACACUCGCAUCCCGCAAACGCAUAAACCACUCUCAAAUCAAUUCCACGAUGUCUCGCGAAGAGUACCAAGUCCCCACCGGGUCCGGCUCGCCGACCGUCGGCGGCGGCUCAUUCAACGCCCCCGCGGCACGCGACUACGCAGGCGAGGGCGGCGGCGCGAUACACUACAUCUGCGGCGACUGCUCCGCACGGGUGCCCCUGGACAAGGCCACGGGGAUCCGCUGCCAAAAGUGCGGCGCGCGCGUGCUGUACAAAGAAAGGACAAAGCGGAUGGUUCAGUUUGAAGCACGGUGAUGGGAUGGAUGAUAGGCGAGGGCGGGUGUUUUCAUUGGGAGAUUCGGGUUAUGCGUUUUCAGAGCACUUUGCCCCGACUCCUUGGUGAAGAGACAAGUUCUGGAUAGGACGCGAUCGAAGUAGGCAAAGGGCGCCGCAUCCCGAUUAUUGGCGUUCUGGUAAUAUGCUACAUAGUAGACAUACGUGACGAGAAAUGCAACUUGUCCAUUUGGAUCCUAAUGAAC